AUGUCAACAAUGGACUUGAGGCAAGCGUUAGCUGGGCUUCUCACGCUCUCAAUGUUCAUAAUGUUGGGGAACAUGGUCAAGAAGGACCAUUUUGAUUCAAUUUAUGAUGUUGAGAUUGAAGCUAUACCAGCUUCCCAGCAUGCCUCCGUAGCAGUCACUGAACAAAGCCUUGCCACAGUUUCACAUCUGAGCAAAAGGGGUUGGAAGGAAAAUGGUGAAGCACGAAAACAAUGUUGGACUUACCUUUCACUUAAACCGGCACAGCAAACUAAAGGUUUCAUCACAUUUACCUUAACAAAUGGUCCUGAGUAUCAUAUUUCACAGAUAGCUGAUGCAGUGGUGGUAGCCAGAUACCUGGGAGCAACUCUCGUGCUUCCUGACAUCAAGAGUACCAAAUCAGGAUAUAGCAUGAGCCUUGGAGAUAUUUAUGAUGUUCAGAAUUUUAUGUUUAGGCUUGAUGGGUUAGUGAGAGUAACAAGGACACUACCUGCCCAAGUAUCCAAUGGGAACCCACCAACAGUGAAGAUACCUCACAGGGUUUCAGAAGACUAUAUUGUGAAUAAAGUAAAGCCCAUAUACAAAGCAAAGGGUAUUGUAAAGAUUGCAUCAUACUUUCCCUCAGUUAAUUCAACAAUGGCAGGAAAUAGGAAGAGCCUGGACUCAUUUGCAUGCCAAGGAAUGUUUGGAACUCUUCAGUUGCAAUCAGAAAUACAAGAAGUUGUUGACUCUAUGGUCCACAAGCUACAAACUUGGAGUCAUAACUCAAAUGGUCAGUUCAUUGCUGUGGAUAUGAGAACUGAGAUGUUGGAAAGGGGGUGUCAUAGAAAACAUGACACAGGAAGAAAAGUCUGUUAUCAGGCACAAGAGAUAGGUGAAUUUCUCAAAAAGAUUGGAUUCAAUCAAGAGACUACUGUUAUUUAUGUGACUGAGACCAAAUGGAAUCCUGAUCUUGAUGCCCUCAAACAUAUCUUCCCAAGAACCUAUACUAAGGAAAGUGUAAUGGCAGAGGACAAGAAGGGAAAGUUUCUCAGCUCAAAAAAUUCUGAAUUUGAGAAGGUCAUUGAUUUCUAUAUCUGUUCUCAGGGUGAUGUCUUUGUACCCUCAAUUCCUGGCCUCUUCUACACUAAUGUUGCUGGGAUGAGAAUUGCAUUAGGGAAAAACCAGAUACUUGUUCCAAGUCAAAUAACAAGCCCAUCAGCUUCAGCCUCUGACUACAUAUCUCCCUAUUUGUCCCAGAAGAACCAUUUUGCUUAUACAUGCUUUUGCUAA